AUGGCAGGCUACGGGAACCGCACAGCACCAGACUACGCCGCAGAAGACCUCCAAGACCAACACACCAACACCCGUCUCGGCCUUAUAGAUUCAAAUACCGCCUACCAUGAGCCCCAUGAAAAACACGGUUCAGGCAUAACAGGUGGUGCUGGUUUCGGAAACAAACGCUCCUCAUCUACCCCUUCAACCGACAAUUCUGAAUUCCGCUUCGGCUCCCACUCAGAUACGGCACCGUAUUCAAACGCCACGCCCAUGGGAAGCGGCUCCACGGGUGGUGCAGGGUAUGGGAAUAAAACCGGUGAGAUGAGCGGGCCAGGUCAUGAUUCCAUGAUGGGCAAGGUGGUGGAGAAAGUCGGUGGUAUUAUGAAGAACGAAAAACUAUCGGAGAAGGGAAGGGUGAUGCGAGAGAAGGAGGGGUUUGGCAGUGUGCCGGAAUAG